GAAAAAUGAAGAAAACAGGGAGAGCUGCAAAUCUAAUCAGUGGUGGGAAGAGGGAUGAACAUGCUCAGUAUCCUCGUGGGACAGAGCAUCUCUGAAGUGGUGGGCUGAGCUCCCUGGGGAGGUCAGAGGUGGCUGUGCAGGGCUGGCACCAGGGGAAGGGAGCAGAAGGGUUUGCAGGGUUGGGAUGAUCAGAGCAGUCAGCCAUCCUCUGCAUCCACACUCUACUGUGCAUUCACUUGUCACCAGCAGGGGAAGAGCUGCUGAACCAGGAAUGCCCAAAGAGCUGCAGAAGGGCAGCUCUUCCAGGAAGGUUCAUAAAACAAAGCCCUCAUGGCUGGUUCUCUGCUCCACCGCUGAGCCCGUGGCAAUGGGAGCCUUUCUCCACCUGGCUGGCGUGGUCAUUUUCCAGCUCAGUGUUUGUGGACAUGUGGUCAUGGAUGUGCUGCUGGCCAAGGAGUGUGGAGUAGUGGAGGUUUCCAAAUGUGCUCUGUUCCUAGAAGGGACAUUGAGUAAAAAAUGUGCCGAGAAAUGGUUUGGCAGGCAGUUUGGUUUGGAGGAAUUAAUGCUUUCCUUCAGUGUGAUUAAUAAUGGGGACGUGGGGGAAAGAUCAAAAUAAUCAAACUGCUUUGAAGACUUCACUGGGCUGGGCCAUGUUCAAAUCUCAGUCUGGGUGUGAAAAGGCACGUGGUCUCUGAAUUUGUCCCAGAUCCUCCAAGCAGGAUUCAAGGUUGUGAGUCUAUCCUGGUGCCUCCCUGAGCACGUGAGGCCAGCCCCAGGCAGAGCCGUGGCUGCAGCCCCAGGGUGUUUGGUGUCACCACAAAGUGCCCACGUACAUCUUGUCACAUGUCACAGCUGAGACAGGGACUGGGAGAAUGCUGUCUGUGCUGCAGAGACCAUCCUUGGAGACCACCAGCAUCUUUGCCCAGGUCCUUCUGAAAACACGUUAUUCACCUUGAUGAUCAGGAGGUACCACAAGGCAGGAAUGGGGAAAGGAUUAUCCUGAACUCUCUGUGAUGUGGAUGAAUUUUGCUGCAGGAUGUGCACUGGCUGGUAAUUCUGUUUUGGGGCAUCUUCUUUGUAAAGAGAAAAAUUCUUGCACACCUGGUGUGCAAGAGAAAGAUGACCAGCUGAACUCAGAAGAGAAGAAGAAAAGAAAGCAGAGGAGGAACAGGACUACCUUCAACAGCAGCCAGCUGCAGGCACUAGAGAGGGUCUUUGAGAGGACUCACUACCCCGAUGCCUUCGUACGGGAGGACCUUGCACGCAGAGUCAACCUCACUGAAGCCAGAGUCCAGGUGUGGUUCCAGAACCGGAGAGCCAAGUUCCGCCGGAACGAGCGCGCCAUGCUGGCCAGCAAGAACGCCUCUCUGCUCAAAUCCUACUCAGGGGACGUGGCGGCCGUGGAGCAGCCCAUCGUACCUCGCCCUGCCCCCAGGCCCACCGACUAUCUCUCCUGGGGGACUGCCUCGCCCUACAGUGCCAUGGCCACCUACUCUGCCACGUGUACCAACGCCAGCCCGGCGCAGGGCAUGAACAUGGCCAACAGUAUUGCCAACCUGAGACUGAAGGCAAAGGAAUAUAGUUUACAGAGGAAUCAGGUGCCCACAGUCAAUUAACAGCUGGGGGCAGCUGCCUUGCAGAAGGAGAAAACACAACAGCACCCGUCCUGCUUCGCAACUUGUCUGUGCUGAAAGAAAAAAAAAGAAAAAGAGAACAACAACAACAACAACAAAAAACCACAAUAAAAAUAAAAUAGAAAAAAAAAAGAAGAAAAAGAAAAGAAUGAAAAAAUGCCAACCCUCACCCAGAACUGAACACGGGGAGAAAACAGAACCUGUGAGUGAUAAGGUUCCUCCUUCCUUUUGGGAUAAUGCCACCAUUUUUUAUUUUCUUGUUAUCGUCGGGUUUAUUGCUUCUGCUCAAUAUACUGCGAGCUUCUUCAGUAAAGGACAGUCUCACCCUUGCUGGUCUCCAUUUUUGUACGGGACUGCAAAAAGAAACCCCUGCCAAUCUCAGCCCACGGACGAGUCCCCCCAGCAGCACGCUGAGAUACAAAGCUUGCUCAUCUCCCCGCUGCCCCAGCUCACCCUAGAAGAAGAAUUUGUUUGGUCACCAAUUUCCAUGAUAUCCACCCAACCCUCAUCCCUCCAGUCCCUUGUGCCACAGAGGCAGCACGUUCCUAUCACUCUGCCAGAAGCCCAUUUAAUGCAGCAAGAUGGAUUCCUGCUGUCUGAGCUGCCUGGAAAACCUCCUUGGGCUCUGCAGAGCUCCAUUGUUUGGUUGAGUAUUCCUGGCACUGCUGCCUCAAAAAGCCAAAGAAGAGAGCAAAGCCAACGUGGGGGUGUGAGCAGGGGGAUCUCUCUGUAGUGCCAAGACCAGGACUGUCAGGACACUCCUUUCUAUGCCUUACAGUUUGUGCCACAGGGAAAGGCGUUGUCCAGAUGCAUUUGUUUUAUAUAUACUGUAUAUAUUUAUAUAUAUAAGAUAAUACAUGCAAGCUUGGUUGGUGUUUUUUAUUAAACAAAAUAAAACCCGUUGAAAACGUU